AUGGGCCAUGCUAUGCAAACACCGGGGCAUGACCCUCACGAUACCAAUGUCCGCGAUAUCGAGAAAACCGGCGAUCAUGCUUCCCAUCGCGAGUGGAAGGACCAUACGCCCCCCAGCGAGGUCGAGAAAGGCGAGCAGCUGCACCUGGCUCCAACUAUCAGCAGAGGGCCAACUGUGCACGAAAAAAUGAAUGGAAAGCUUUUCAUGACUCUGUUGUGCAUGUCCUUUCUGUGGAUUGGCUCGCAAAUUCCACUGUUCCUGUUUGGUUCCGUCCUGCCUCUCAUCUACAAUGAUAUUGGUGGUGUCGACAGAUGGGUCUGGUUCGUGAUCGGCUAUCUCAUCCCCAACGCUGCUCUUUGUCCAUUUGUAGGUGCACUAUCCGAUCUCUUUGGCCGCCAGAAGGUCGCGAUUUUUGGACAGGUGUGUCUCAUUGUGGGGCCUAUCAUCACCGCAACGGCAAACUCAAUGAACAUCGCUAUAGCUGGCAAUGUCUUCUCUGGUGUCGGUGCUGGUAUGAACGAACUCAUUGCACUCGCCGGGACAGCAGAAGUCGUGCCUGUCAAGGAUCGUGGCAAGUAUGUUGGCCUGGUCGUCUUGACCAUCCUGCCUUUCUGCCCAUCAGUUUUGUACGCCCAACUCAUCGCUGAAUCGAGCAACUGGCGCUACAACGGUAUUUUCGUCGGCGUUUGGAACUUCAUCGGCCUUCUUCUAUGCGUUUUCUGUUACCACGACCCCUCUCGCCUUACCGCAGAGUACACUGCAACUCAUGUCCUAAAGCGCAUUGACUAUAUUGGUGGUGUUCAGAGUAUUGGCGGCAUCACCUGUUUCAUGAUGGGUUUGCAAUGGGGCGCAUCACAAUAUGUAUGGGGAAGUGUGCACAAUAUCAUACCCCUGAUCAUCGGAAUCAUCAUGAUUGCGGCUUUCUUUGUAUGGGAGUUUUUUGCGCCGCAUCCCAUGGUCCCUCGAGCGUUGUUCAAGAAGGCCAAGAAGACGAUGAUUGUAAUUCUUUUGAUUACUUGGCUCAGCGGUGGCAAUUUCUUCGUUUUGCUCCUUUUCUGGCCUACUCAAAUCUACAAUGUAUAUGGUGACGACCCAAUCGGUGUCGGUGUUCGAUCUCUCCCUAUCGGAUUUGGUAUCGUAGUCGGUGCAGCAAUCUGUUUGGUCCUCAUCCCCAUCACCAAGGGUCGCAUUCGCUUGUUGCUACUACUAUUCACGGCCUUGAUGACUGCAGGCACCGGUGCCAUGUCAGUCUCCACACCCCACAACCUCAACACCAUUUAUGGUCUUGUCACCAUCGCAUCUAUCGGCGUCGGCGGUGUGAUCAUCCCAUGCUCCAUUAUUGCACAGAUCGCCUGUCCAGAUGAGCUCAUUGCCACAGUAACCGCCAUCACACUCAGCCUCCGUUACAUAGGUGGUGCUAUCACGUUUGCGGUCGCCUCCAAUCUCUUCUACCACAAUGUCACCAUCUACGCGACUGAGAUAGUUGCUACCAAGACUAUUGCCGGAAAUGCCAUCAUCAAUCCUUUCAAACCUGAAGGUUUGGCGCUUAUUGCGCAUGUCACAGAACUUGUUGCAAAUGCUCAAUUCGAUCAGCUGCGCGAGAUACUCGCUACAAAUCCUCUGGUCUUGAACAGGAACAGUUACGGACUUAUCGUUGCGAGUGCACAAGAAGCCUUCUCCCUGGCCUAUCGAUGGCCAUAUUGGGUCUCUAUCGCUUUUGGAGGGUCUUGCUUCAUUCUCAGUAUCUUUGUUGGCGACAUUGGGGCCCUUCUGGACAGCCAUAUUGCCGCUGCCGUCUAG